AUGUCCAUAAGUUCAGGCAGUCAGAUGGUAUCUGGAGCAGAGUCACCGAUGUCUCAAGUCUCUGUGCGACAAAGCGCAGCCAAUCCUAAAUGCGCAAAUAAUAAAGCUUCUCGAAGCCCCCGACACUCUGCAAUCCCCCAAGAAGACUUCACACAAGAUUCGGAAGGCGAGUGGAGCGGACGAAUGCGAGAGGAUAAAAACAGAGGUGACCCAAGACAUUGGGUCCCUCACGUCUUCUACGAGACCAGAGACGGAAACCUCCAAAUCACCACGCCGUCGGGGCCAAUCCCCUCUCCUGUUUCCUCUCUUGUCGCCCUUCCUCAAUUCUUCAAAGAGCGACAGAAAUAUAUUAGGACAGUACUACAAAAGUCACCUGCUGCUCACCAGGAGACUUACUCACUGUUAAUGAAGUUGGCCGAUGUCGAUGGACCCUUAUCUUCAGUAAUAUCAAUCACGGAACAAGAGGCUUCCGACAUAAAGGAGAGAGAAGAGGCUAUGAUUGUGGAGCAACUUGUUGCCAAUGCUGGUAACAAUGACGAAGACAGCGAUGAUGAUUCCGAAGAAGCAGACGCCCACCUUUAA